GUGCAAAAAAAAUGUUUGUCUUGUCUAUGACUUGAGACAAAAAGAAAAACCCAAAGCCGUGCGUUUCGGAUCAAAAAAUCUAGCGUUUCUCUGUAAUUUGCUGACAUAAACUAGUUUAAAUCGAAGAAAGUUUACAUUUAAGAUAUUAAUAGUAAAAGGAGUAUAAAUCGAGAUGGCGGUGAAUGUUUAUUCAACUAAUGUUACUUCGGACAACCUGUCGCGCCACGAUAUGUUGGCGUGGGUAAAUGACUGCCUGCAGUCAAACUUCGCCAAAAUCGAGGAGCUGUGCACCGGCGCCGCCUACUGUCAGUUCAUGGACAUGCUAUUUCCAGGCAGUGUACCAAUGAAACGUAUUAAAUUCAAGACAAACCUAGAACAUGAGUAUAUACAGAACUUCAAAAUAUUACAAGCUGGUUUUAAAAAAAUGAAUGUAGAUAAGAUAGUACCCAUUGACAGACUGGUGAAGGGUCGUUUUCAAGAUAACUUUGAAUUUUUGCAAUGGUUCAAGAAAUUCUUUGAUGCCAACUAUGGAGGCACUGAGUAUGAUGCGCUGGCGCAACGCGAAGGCCUGCCUAUGGGGCACGGGGGCUCCUCGGCCCCCAGAUCUGCCACCACGGCGGCCGCAGCAAAGAAACCAGUGGCGCCCAUCGCUAAAGUUGCUGCUAGACCCCAAACCAUUGGGAAAGCAAACAGCACAGUGCGUUCGCCACCCGUCAACCUAUCAAGGUUAAAUCAGAGUGGCAAAGGGGAUGCAAAACUUUUGGACGACCUUAACCAUCAGGUAAAUGAGUUGAAAGCAACAGUGGAUGGACUGGAGAAAGAGAGAGACUUCUACUUUGGUAAACUUCGGGAUAUAGAGGUGAUCUGUCAAGAAAUGGAGGAACAACAGAAUGCUCCAAUUGUGCAAAAAAUAUUGGAAAUUUUAUAUGCAACUGAGGAUGGAUUCGCGCCUCCAGAAGAAUUAGACGGUGACAACCCUCACCCGCCCGAGGAAGACGAAUAUUGAAUGUAAAUGUAACAUCUGCGCGUAUCAUAGUGCUCUUUGUAUAUUAUAUCUCGAAAUUGUCUCGCUUACAAUCGACAGUAUCGAGUACUUUGUAUUUCACAGCCAAUGAUUCUACUCAAUCAUAUAUUCAUAAGGUAAUCAUCACAAGUACCCCAAAAACGGCUUUGAUGAAUUGGAAAUUUAGAGUGUAUAAAAUAUUUUAGAUGCAUUAUAUUGUCAUUUAAUUGUUUGUAUAAUAAAGAUCAUUAAAUAUAGCUAUUAAAACAUGGCUGUGUAAUAUGUAAGUACAAUCUUUAUAAUUUUUGGAGUGUAAUUUCUUGACUGAAUUUCUUUCUAAUUCUGUAUGUUCUAUCAGUGGUAUAACCAGUUUCUCGUGUCGGGAAUAUAUGAAGCUUUUGACUUGUGCAAUGUGGUGCAAAAAGAGUGCUUAUAUUAUUUUGAUCAUGUCUUGAAGCGUUUCAUUCUCUGGACACCGACGCCUAAUCAAACAUGCAUUUAAUAGGUUGUUAAAAUAUUGAAAGAUGUUUACUGUUGUUUAAUUCUGUUAUAAUAUCACAGUUGUAUGGAAAUAUUUGGUACUAAAUUGGUGGAGUAUGAGUGAUAUUUAGAUCUGAAUGUUUGCUAAAUGACGGACGCACGUCGAGUAUUAACGUUUUUGUAGUUCAUUGACAGUUCCAUUUAGUGUGAUAUUUUACAUGACCACAAUUAGGUUAAACUCGAACAAGACUUGUUUUGCACUAUAACUAACUGUAGGGAGAACUAAUAUCAGAUCAUUUCUAUUGUUGUCUAAUAGACAGGUACCUUACCUUUGCGUUACUAUCGAAGAACUAUUGACUAUUUGAGUUGUUGGCAGGAAUGACGUUAUCCGCUGGUUAAGAUAAAAUAGAUAAUUAAUUUAUUUACUUUAGCAUUCAUAAAUUGCCUUAAAAGCAAAUAUUAAUUGCCACUGGGUUUCAGAUUGUGAAUGUCUUAUCAAAUACAUAUUAACUUUAUUAAAA